AUGGACUACUUAGUGCCCAACUACACCCUCAACUACUCCAACUGGGAUGACUACUCCUUGUACGACCUCGGUGGCUACGAGGUCCCUCACAGCUACCGAGCCAUCCUGGCCCUCUACGCCCUCAUCUUCCUCCUGGGGGUCUUGGGCAACGGCGCCGUCAUUUGGGUGACGGCUUUCGAGCUGCGGCGCACGGUCAACGGCGUCUGGUUCCUCAACCUCUCGGUUGCCGACCUCCUCUGCUGUUUGGCCUUGCCCUUCCUGGCUUUGCCGCUAGCCCGGGACCACCAUUGGCCCUUGGGCCACUUCGCCUGUAAGCUUUUACCCUCCCUCACCGUCCUCAACAUGUUCGCCAGCGUCCUCCUCUUGAUGGUCAUCAGCGCUGACCGUUGCGCCUUGGUGACGCGCCCGGUGUGGUGCCAAAACCACCGCACCCUGCGCUUGGCCCGGGUGGCUUGCGCGGCCGCUUGGUUCCUCGCCGCCCUCCUCACCCUCCCUUCCUUCGUCUUCCGCACCACCCGUUUCGACGCCUUCUCCGACAAAGCCACCUGCGUCCUGGAUUACACCUCCGUGGGGCGCCACCAGCACCUCACCGAGCUCGUCACGGCCGUCGCCCGCUUCCUUUGCGGCUUUUUGGUGCCUUUCGUGGUCAUCACCGCCUGCUACGGCCUCCUCCUGGCUCGUGUCCGCAGCAGGGGCUUCACCCGCUCCCAAAAAGCCACCAAACUCAUCCUGGUGGUCAUCGUCAGCUUCUUCGUCUGCUGGCUGCCCUACCACGUCGUCGGGUUGAUCUUGGCCUCCAACCAACCGCACAGCAGCUUGUUCAAGGGGGCGGUGGAAGCCGACCCCAUCGUGGCCGGCGUGGCUUACAUCAACAGUUGCAUCAACCCCGUCAUCUACGUGGUGAUGGGGCAGGAUUUUCGGGACAAGGUGCAGAGGUCCUGGAGGGCGGCUUUGAAGGGGGUGCUGAGCGACGACCCCACCAGCACCGUCGGGGACAGUCGGGCGAAGACCAAAUCCACCAUCGAUGACCAAAGCGUCAGCACCCUCGCUUUUUUUUUGCUUGCGGUGCUCGAAGCCGCCACCGUCUCCUCUGCUCCCACGAAGAGAAGACGCCUCCGUGGCUCCCAUUCCCCACCAGUUGCCAACUUGGGGGGUGCUCUGUGCGCCCACCAACCCUUGGAGGGGACCCCUUCUGGCUUCUUCAGUGGCCUCCUUGGACCCGAUGCCAGCCCCAUUUCCACCUCCUCCCCUGCGCCGCCCCCCAUCACCACCCACUGA